UUUUGUUUUUAAAAUAAUUUUAAUUGGUUCCCAAACCGUUUGUUUUCUUGGUCUACCUUGAGUAUUUGAUAGCAAAUAUGUAAGCCUGUCCAUAUUAAUAAUCUCUAAAAUUUUAUUGAUCCAAGAUUCUAUCUCUGGCCCUUUUUUCUCUCUCCAAUAUUUAGCAUAUGCCAUCCUUGUAGCCGUUACCAAAUAAUUGAACAAUAUUUCCUUAUUUCCUUUUUCUAUAUCAAGCAUUCCUAAAAGAAGGUACUUGGGGUCUAAUUUAAUUUUAAUUUGUAACAUUUUUGUACCCUUUGGUGAAUCUCUUUCCGAGGUGGCUUUCCCACACAUCCACCAACAGUGGAAGAAAGUACUUUCCUGUUCUCCACACUUCCAACACUUGUUUGAUACAUUUUUGUAAUACUUUGAUAGUUUUUGUGGAGUCAAGUACCAUCUAUGAAACAUCCAAUUUUCUUUUAGGUCAGCUGCAUAGGUGAGUUUUAAUCCAUAGUUCCAUGCUUUUUCCUAUUCUUCAAUUCUUAUUGGCUUCCCUAUAUUCUCUGCCCAUUUGACUGUGCAAUUGUUUACUAAUUCUGUCUCUUGUUGACCAUUCAGGUAAUUUUUUUGUAUAUUUUUGUUGUAAUUUUAGUUUCUGAUUGCAUUACUUUGUCCCAGGGAGCCCCCAGAUGGCGUAGUGGACUAAGUGACUUGAAGGUUGGGUUGCUGACCUGAAAGCUGCCAGGUUCGAAUCCCACCUGGGGAGAGUGUGGAUGAGCUCCCUCUAUCAGCUCCAGCUCCAUGCGGGGACAUGAGAGAAGCCUCCCAGAAGGAUGGUAAAAACAUCAAAACAUACGGGCGUCCCCUGGGCAACGUCCUUGCAGACGGCCAAUUCUCUCACUCCAGAAGCAACUCCGGUUGCUCCUGACACGAAAAAAACCCCAAAAAACUUUGUCCCAGAAUUAUUCCUCAUCUUCAAAGCCAACCUUCUUAUCUAUGUUAAAAUAUUCCUUCAAUUGCAUAUAUUGUAACCACCCAAUAUUCUUACAUUUUUGAAAUGUCUUCUUGUAAACCCCAUUUUCCUUUAUUGUUGUCUUUAUAUUUUGGCCACUUUUCACCUCCAAUUUCUCUCCUUUGACAGGCCUCCAAGGGGGAAAUCCAUAGCAGAGUUUGCAAGCUUUUUGAAAAUUUUUGUUUUCCCAAGAAUCCUGAUAAAUAGGUCAAUAGAAUUCUAGUUUUACAGAUGGAAAAGCUUCAUCUGCAAUAUAAAUUUCAUUCAGACUGAAUUAACGUAUAUGCAUGUAGUGCCUACUAAAGGUUGGCAGUUAAAAGCUCCGGAUUGGAGAGAGCUCAAAACUACAAGCAAAGAUAUAGAAUUUUCUAUAGAAGCUAUAGAAAAAUUCAACAACAACCAACAGGAUACUUAUACUAUAGAUAAAGAUCCCAAUGUAUUUUGAGGGAAAUGCUUCAUAUUGAUCUAAAAUUCUUUGGCAGACUCUUUCUACUACACCAUUGGCAAGAUUCUAUAUGAGUUUUGGCUACAGGGGUCUCCAAACUAAGGCCAGUGGGCUGGAUGUGACCCAUUUACCCUGCCCAGUCCUAAACUUUAGAUUUAGGGUUGUCCUAAUUCUGAAAUGAUUUGAAGGCACAAAACAACAACAAUCUUUUCCAUUUCUGAUUGUGGCUGAGGGAGGAUAGAGAGCAGCAGGCCGCAUGUUUGCCAGGAGGACUCUGAAUAAUGUUGGCCCAUCGGCAAUGGAUGACUGUGCACAACUGCUCAAGUUUCCUCAUCAAAAGGAACAAGCAAAUGUGCAGCAUGAAACUCAACAACCUUAAAGCCUGCACGUCCCUUUGCUACAAUGGACUCAUCCAUCAUAAAACGGUCAGGGUGGAGCUAGCUACUGAUGACAAGGGUAUCAUUGUUGUCCUGAAGAAGCUUGCAGGUCAGCAGAAGCCAGCAACUUCCUAUGAGAAGAUCACAAUCAACAAAAAUUCACAUGCCACUCUCAUCAGUCUCCAACUCAUCACCUGCAAGAACAACUAUUGCAAGGACCUGCACAUAGCUGCCUUGCGUCUCACCAGUACAAUUCUAUGCAGCCAGAAGCCAGUGGUGGUGAAGAAGAAGCGGACCAGAGCUAUUAAAGCUGCAUAAACAUAGCUGCCAGAUUUUCAAGAAAGGAUCAGAACUAGGAAAAUAAAACAACAAUCUUAAUUAUUUUCUUAAUUAAUCUCAUCAUCCAAAAACAGGCCCACAUUUUUCAUUGAAAUACUGGUGAGUUUAUGUUGGAUAAAAUUGUUCUUCAUUUUAAACAUUGCAUUGCUCUUUCUUUUCUUUUCUUUUCUUUCUUUCUUUUUCUUUUUUGCAAUACAAAUAAGACAUCUGCAUUUUUUUAGAGUCUGCCCCCCUCCUCAAACAGUCUGAAGGACCGUGAACUGGUCAUCUGAUUAAAAUGUUUGAGGACUCCUGAGCUAUAUUGACAUCAAUCAAUCAAAAUUUUAUUUGUAUCCCAUCCCCUCUCCCCAUGGGGACUCAGGGCGGCUAACAACAUGAAAUAAUAAACAAAGCAAAUGGGCAAUAUAAACCAUCGUCCAUAAAAUGAAUCAUAAAGUCAAUAAAGCACAAUUACAUAAACCACACUAAAAAUAUAACAAGGUUAAAAGACAUGGCAAAGAGUUUAGGAAGCAGAUAGAUCAGCAUUGCAGCUGGGCUGUCAUCUUUUGGUGAUGGUUGCUAUUGUAUAAUGCAGUGUGCAUCCUACUGCUGGUCUGCUGUGAUUCUCUUUUCCCUAGUUAUUAACGGAUAAAACCCAGCAAUAGCUCUCAAUCUGGUAAUGUCCUCUUCUAUCUUGGUGCAAUGGGACCUUCCUCUUCUGUGCCAGCCUUCUGGCAGUAAAAUUAUGUCAAGAGAUUCGCUUCCUACCCCUCCCCUCCCCUCUUUUGCUAUUUCCAAGAUGGCUGUUUUUCUUUCCUUUCCUUUUAUAUUUUGUAUUUUUAUAAUUAUUGUCGGCUCCCCCACAAAAAAGCUGGAAUUGCACAACUGCACUAAAACACUUCUUUAAAAAGUAAUAGCAGUAGUGUUGGGAAACAAUUUUGGGAGUAUGCAGAAGUAUA